AUGACAGUACCAGAUUCUCAAAGAUUAUUUGGCUCCUUUGAUGAACAGUUUAAGGACUUGAAACUGGACUCUGCCGACACAGAGAAUAACGGCACUGACUGUACAUUUACCACUAUGGAGUCCUUUCAACCUAGUGUUAAUGGCAAUACUAAUGGUGCUAUUGGUGCGGCGGUGAACGCUGUUCCUGGAUCUACCUUUAGGUCGAAUACACCUCUUCUAGGAAGCCGACAUCCACUUAGUAGGACGUCCUCCUUAAUAGAUUCUAUCGGAAUACAGCGUGCGGCCUCGCCGUUUACUUCAGUCAAGGAGCCGUUCAUUCCUCAAAGCUCAGGGGUUAUAGGAUCCUCGUUCUGGCAUGGUGAUCAUCCGGAAUCGCGGGUUAAUACGCCUGUUCAGCAACAUCCACUACUGCAAAGGAACGAGUCUACCUCCUCCUUCAGUUAUGCUGCUAAUCUUGGCAUGAAUCUGAGUACGCCUUCAUUAGCGGCCGAUAUAACUCCAUUGGGAACACCAACUCUUGUUCAAUCUCACGCGAGCUUGUUCCCUUCGUGUGAUAUUCCCCCAGAUUCAAGCGUGAAUGGUAUUUCACACCUUUUAGCGCCAGUUUCGGUGGAGUCCAGUUGGAGAUACAUAGACACCCAGGGGCAAAUACAUGGUCCUUUCCCUUCCCAACUGAUGUCGCAGUGGUAUAUUGGUGGUUAUUUUGCUUCAACUCUUCAGAUUUCAAGAUUGGGCAGUACUCCAGAGACACUGGGAAUAAACGAUGUGUUCAUCACUUUGGGCGAAUUGAUGACAAAACUUCAGAAGUAUGACACUGAUCCAUUCACUACUUUUGACAAAAUGCACACUCAACCAGCCAGUUCCGACCCCAUCAACCUAAAUCUGACUCCAAAUUCAAGCGAUACUGUUAUUAAUACCACUGGUACUGUUCAGACCACUGAAAACGAUAUUUUUAAGCCAUUAACACAUGAAAAUAUUUGGGAUAUGAAUGGAGGUGCUCCCUCGGAAGGAGCUGAUAUUAAAUUAGGUCCAGUAUCCUCAAGUGGUCAAACAAAUGGAACCUCGACACUGGAGUACAGACCAGCCACUAUUCUUGAGAGGAAGAAAAAGGAAAAGGCUGAAUCCAUGGCGAAAGCUUUAUUAGAAGAGCAAGAAAAACGGAACCAGGAAAGUAAAAAGAAGGAAGAAGCUCGUUUGUUGAAAAAAUUCAAGCAAGAAGAAGAGUUAUUGAAAAGGCAAAAGGAAUUAUUGAAAAAACAAAAAGAAAGAGAAAUUUUUGAAACAGAAAAGCAAAAAAAAUCUGAAAAAACAGCAAAGGAGACACAAGUACAAUCAGAUAAAUUUAGAUCACCAAAGGAUUUACCCUCGUUAAAUAAUUUAAACGCUACUUCAGUACCAUGGGCCUUUAAAGUAAAAACCAGCACUCCAAUCGAAAAUUCAUUAAAAAAUGGUACGACUACCACUGAUAAGAAGAAAGGAGAUUCUUCGAGUCCAUUACCAAGGACUAUUACAGAAGAAAAGCAAAAGCAGCAACUAAAGUCCGUUUUAAACUGGGCCAAUAAGUCCCGACCACUACCAGAUCAAACUAUUGAUAUUAAAUCACAGUUUCAAAAAGAUUCAAAGGAUAUGAAAGAGACAUCUUCAUUAAAGGAAUUGGAAGAUCCAAAUUUCAUAGAAGAGCAGAAGAAACUUUGGGAGAAAGUUCAGAACUCUUCCAAACAUAUGAAAUCAACAACCUCUGCCUCCACUACCACAUCUUCUUGGACCACGGUGACUUCUAGAGCGAAAGCUCCCAUUAGCACUACUGUGCCUUCUUACUCAAAGGUCAAUACCGUUUCAAACCCUUCAGCAACAGUAACAACUAACACAGCUUCUAUGACAACUACCUUUGCCAGUAUGAACUCUGUUUCCCCCCGCCAGGAAUUCAUCAAGUGGUGCAAAUCACAAAUGAAAUUGAAUUCCGGAAUAACAAAUAACAAUGUUUUAGAGUUACUAUUGAGUUUACCUACCGGACCAGAAUCCAAAGAGCUGAUUCAGGAAACGAUUUAUGCCAAUAGUGACGUUAUGGAUGGUAGGAGAUUUGCUACUGAAUUCAUUAGAAGACGUGCUGAAUGUGAAAAACAAGGCAGUGAUCCGUUAAGUUGGAGUGAAGCGUUAGCUCUUUCAGGUAAUGAUGACGAUGACUGGGAGUUUCAAGUGGUUAGCAAGAAAAAGGGUAGGAAACACUGA